CAUCGUGUCAGUGGUACGAUUUCAUGUGUGGACUCAAACUGCUAGUGUCAAAAUGAAAAGUAAAAUGCCAUUUCAUUAUUAGAAUCCGUGAGAUGAUGAUGGCUAUAGUGGAACCUAAAAUUAUACUUUUGUUCAGCGGGAAACGGAAGUCUGGGAAAGACUACGUGACGGAUUUGAUUUAUAAAAGACUAGGCCCUGAUGUUUGCUGUAUCUUGCGUCUCUCUGGUCCUCUCAAGCAUCAAUAUGCACAGGAACAUGGACUGGACUUUGGGGAGUUGUUGGGAGCAGGACAGUACAAGGAGAAGUACCGUGCGGAUAUGAUCCAGUGGGGUGAAAGGCGAAGAGAACAGGACCCUGGGUUCUUCUGUCGACUGGCCAUUGAAGGAGCUCAACAACCUAUCUGGGUUGUAAGUGACACGCGGCGCCUGUCAGACCUGCAGUGGUUCUGGCGCGAGUACCCUAGUCAGUCUCGCUGUGUUCGGGUCGAAGCUUCCGAGGAGACCAGGAGAGAGAGGGGCUGGGAGUUCACGCCAGGAAUAGAUGAUGCAGAGUCAGAAUGUGGUCUGGACCAGGGAGUGCAGUUUGAUUGGAUAAUAAAAAAUGACAGAGCUGCUCCCCCAUUGGAAGACCAGCUCCAUAUGCUCCUCUCAUUGGCUAAAGAAAAAACAAGUCUGUAGUUGAACACAAUGAUGACCAUCAAUCAAAAUAUGAAGGGACAUGUUUGAAACACAAAUAAUUAAUCAUAUCAUUCAUUCAUCCAUCAUUGUUUUCUGUGAAAACAUGUCAUCCUAGCUUUUAGGAACUAAUGUUUAAUGUUAACAGAUUGAAUGACUAAAAGGUGUGCACUCAAGCAAGUUGUGUUAUUUUGAAACCUUACUUUAAAGAUGUGUAAUAAUAAAACCAAACAAUAGUCGAUUUUGGAAUGUCAA